CACGAAUAUGCUUGGCAUAACCUUUCCAAUGUCAAUGGAUUCCCACAAUGCUGCGGCUGCUACUGCUGGCUCCGGGGUCAGAAAUGCCAGGAAGGUCCAAUCUUGUGUUUUCUGGUUUCUGUUAGCACUUUCCUCGGAGGACCCCAGCAUGUGGAAUGAGAAUCCCUAGACACAGGGCCAGCACUAGAUUGCUAUCUGCUUCAGCAUCAUCUCCUGCACCGCAAUAGGAAAUGAACCAUUUAAGAAUGACAGCCAUCUAAGAAGGAUACUUCGGGGGAUGCAUCAGUUCUAUAGGGGAGUGGAAAAAAAGCAAGAAAUGGACUUCUAGUCUGGUAGUUGCCUAACUCUUCCGAAACCCUCAGCAACUUGUUCAGCUUUUUUCGUGCCUGUGAAGACUCUCUGCUGGGAGGAUUAGUCUCAGCAUGUGUUUUUAUUGGUGGAUAAACGUUCUCAUCUCAGGUGUGACCUCUAUCUUCUAUGUUGUUCUCCUACUAGUGCUUUACAUCAAGCUCAGCAGGAAAAUAGACAAUCAUUCCUGUAGCAAUCAGGUGAGCACCAGCAGCAGCCCUUCUACGAAACCAGAACAACCCAACACUUGCCAGGCAGCAAAUGAGGCUUUGAAAAGGCCACGCCUCCGGGGUGACAGUGGCACUUCCUCAGACAGCUCUGAGAGCUCAGACAGCAGCCCUUCCAUUAGGCAGUGUCCUCGGUCAGAAGAAGGGGUCGACUACACAUCCCUGGUCUUCCAAACUACCGGUCGCAGUGCAAGCACUGCAGGGGACUAUGAGAACAUGAAGAUGGGAGCAGACUAUGUCAACGUGGAUCCCCAAAAAAGGAAGGUGGAUUUCUGGACCUGCUCGAGCCCUGUAUCUUCCAACCCCGUAGAAUAUACUGAAGUGAAAUUGUGAUUAUUGAGAUGCUAUUAACUAAGUUUUCCUUAGGAACGUCAGAAUUGCCAGAGCAGGUCAAAUCAGUGAUCUGUCCUUAAUCAGUAUCCUGUAUCCUGUCUCUGCACAUUUCACAUGGGUCACUGUCAACCUGUUCAUAUAGGUAUGUUCCUCCUAAUCCUCGUCAAUUAGUGGCUGUCAUGUCCUGAAGCAUGAAGCUUUAUAUUCCUUAUAACAUUUUAUUCUGCCUAAUGUAACUGUGCAUGUUCUUGUUAUCCAUUCAAAGGUCUCUUCCUUUCUGAAUCCUACAAAGCUCUUGGCUGUGUUGAUACAAUGCAGCAGUGGGUUCCACUGGUUAUUUACAGCUUGUGUAAAAACAGCAUUUCCGUUUCUCAGAGACAAACGUGCCCUUCCAUUUCAUUGGCUUCCCCUUGUUCUCACGUUAGAGGAGAGAGUAAUUAAGAAAAUAUAAAAGGGGGCCAAAUCCUCAGCUAGUAUAAAACCUACACCAACUGAACUGGCCCUUUGAUUGGGCUUGUGUUUUAUUUGCUUGAUGUCAACUAAUUAAAAAAAACAACUUUUUAAAUGUUUAAAUAUA